UCUUAUGUACUAUUAUGUUUUAAAAGGAAAGUAAUUAAUUUUAUUUAAAAUAUUAUUGCAUAUUAUAUCUUGAUUAUGAUUUAAUAGUAAUGUGGUCACAAUAUGACGAAGAUCUAUCCAAAAAUGUAUUUUUCAAAUCUAUUAAAGAAUACAACAGCGAUAUUUUAUCGAAAGCAGCAACAGAAAAAUGGAUAAUUUGUGUACCAAGAACUGGGAGCCAAAGAAAUAAAAACAUUUCCAUUACUACAAUUUUGGAUCAUGUUCUAGUGCCCCAUAGUGCUGAUACUUUUUCUACAUUAAGUAAAAAAAACAUUCAUUUGAAAGAUCAACAUUUAAAAUAUGAUAAUAUUUUUAAUGUCGAUGUUGAAGUACUCUUUGAAGAGACCCAUUAUGUAGGUGGAGAAAAUAAAUAUACAGUUUGGUGUAUCGAAAAACCUUUAUUUUUGUCGCAGAACUUUUCUGAGUGUUCAAAUAACCAAGUUUCUUUGCUAACACUACAAGAUUGUGUGGAUUUUUUGUUUAAUGAAACUGCUGAGUGCCAGAUACUAGAAUCAAUACAAAAUCUUUGUACAACCUUUUGGAAAAAUGAGGAAAAAACAUUUGCAUUGGACAUCUUGCAAAGUCAAAUUGAUUUAAUAGGCAACUUAUUCUCUCAGUGUCUACAAGUUUGUUUCAAAAGUGAUGGUUUACGUGAAAAGUGUAACAGUGACGAAUUAUUUCUAGAAAAUUUAAAACUGGCCGUACAAACAUGUAUGCAAUAUUGUCUUGGUCAAAAACUAAUGUACGGUAUUAAUAGUUUACAUCAUUUCACGGAUAGUGAACUAAAUAAGAUUAUAAGGAACUCUUUAAAUGUUUCUUUAUCGGACUUAAAUAUUCCUUGUACACUUGAGAAUGAGAUUAUAAGUGCUAAAUAUGAAUUAUCUAGGAUUAAUAAUGUUUUUACAUGUUUAGAUAAAGUAAAUUGCUUAGCAAGAGCUUUCAAUGUUUUUAAUAGAAGUAAAAAUUUACAAAAACUGGAUAUGUGUUUAACAUCAGAUGAUUUUUUACAAAUAUUUGUAUAUUUAAUCUUACAGUGUAAUAUUCCAAACUGGAUAGCAAAUUUAUCUUACAUAAAAUAUUUUAACUUUACCAAUUUUGGCAACACCGAUCAAAAUUGUUUUUUGAAGGCAAAUCUUGAAGGUUCUAUAGAAUUUAUAAAGAGCAGUGCAUUUUUAGAGAAUAAAAUAUCUUGUAUGGAUAAAUAUACAAAUGAAGACAAUAAAUCAGAUCAACAUAGUAAUACUAUUUUCUACUAUUUAUAUAAUAAAUUAAAAAAGGCGAAAUCCAAUGAGGAUUUAUGUAAUUUUCUUAGAAUUAUAUUUAAUAAGUAUUUGCCUGAAACUGAUUUAUGCCACCCUUUAUGUUCUUGUAAAAAAUGUGAGCAAAUUUUAAUGGGUGGAUAUAAUCAAAAAAUAAAAGAUGUGGUUAAUGAACACAAUCAGAACUUUUUGAUAUUUAGUUGUAUUGGAAAUAAUAUUGAGUUGAUUGAAUUAUUGCUUUCUUUAGAAUUUAAUAUUAACUUUAAGGACUAUUGUGGAAAGACAGCUUUACAUUAUGCUGCUCAGUUAGGAUUUCAAGACGUUCUUAUGCUUUUGAUUAACUUUGGUGCUGAUGUCAAUAUUGCUGAUAAUGACAAAAAUACACCACUCCAUUUAGCCAGUGAUAGAGGACAUGAAAAUUGUGUUAAUGCUUUAAUUUAUUCUUCAAAUCUCGUAGAAUUAAAUUUGCAAAAUUUUUCUGGAGAUACUCCAUUAUUUUUAGCUGCCAAAUGGGGUUAUAUUAACAUUGUUAAAGUUUUACUUGAAGGUGGAGCUUCCGUAUGCAUUAAAAACAAUCGUAAAAUGUCAGUGUUACAGGUGGCUCCAAAUUAUUAUAUUACUGAGCUAAUAAAAUGGUAUGGUGUAGUUAAAAGUAAUAAAGUAAUAAAGGAAGUUGAAUGUCUUAGUAAUACUUCAAAUCAUAGUAUAUCAAAUAUAUCAGAAGACAUAGCUUUUCGAAAUUUGAAGGAAAGGGGUAUAUUUCAUGGCAUUAAACCAAAAAAUGACACAGAAUUAAAGUCCAUUAAUGUGCUAUUAAAAUCUAUUGAAAAUAAUGAUUUUCCUUUAGCUUGUUAUUAUUUGGGAUACACCAAUAUUUUGGAUUUAAAAAAAAUUAAUUUGGACACAAAGUGCCAUCCUUUAUGUAAUUGUAAGGCAUGUUCUGCUGUUGAUGAACUUGAUGUUUUAGAUGAGAAACAUUACAAAAAGAAAGUCAGAUUUAAAAUUAACAUAAAUACUGUUAAUAAGGAUGGAUUCAGUGCGUUACAUAUUGCAGCAAAAUUUGGGAGAAUAGAAAUAUUAAGAAUAUUGUUAGAUAGUGGUGCAUCGACCAAUCUUUGUACUUAUGAAACUUAUUAUACUCCUUUACAUUUAGCAUGUAUGUUUGAACGAGUUCCAGCAGUCAAGGAAUUGUUAAAAUGCGGCGAUUGUAACAUAGACGCGCAAGAUUAUAAAGGCAACACUCCACUCUAUUAUGGCUCAAUAAAAAAUAAUAAUUUAAAGCUUGUUGAGAUUUUGAUACACAAUGGAGCGGAUUCUCAGAAAACUAAUGAUUCUGGAAAGUCGAUUUUGCUACAGUGUGAAGAAAAAAAUUAUUUUAGAAUUUGCAGUAUCCUAAAAGAAAAUGCUGUCAGUAAAAGUAAAACUUCAAACACCAAUGAAAGUGAUGAUUUUAUAAAAAAUAAAUCAUUGCUGUAAUUUUUUGGAACUGUUGGCAAAUUUUUCUUAAAAUUGAAAUGAAAUAUAUUUUUCUAAAACAUCUAGUGUAAGAAAUAUAGCGUUUUAAAAAUAAGUCUUAAAAUUUGCAGGGUCCAAUUCUUGCUGAUCAUAAUAUUUCAAGAAUUAUGGGAAUUACUGUUUUAUUUCUAGUCUAUAAAUAUCUACAUAAUUCUUUAACCGCAUUAUUAUAAUAUCAUUAGACAUAUAGCUUUAAUCAGUAUACAUACUUAAGUUACAUGACUGUUUACUACAUAGGCUUCAAUAAUUAAUCAGAUAUUCUAUUUGUUAUAUUUUAUAUUUUUUUAUUUUACGUUUUAUGCUAACGUGAGUUACCUACUUAAUAUUUUUUUUCUGA